AACAUAUUCAAUUUCGGCGCCUUUGCCAAACUUGGACUGGGAAGCAUUGCCGCCGCCGCGGUUGGUCCUCCAGCACCCCCUCAACAGCGUUUGACGGCCGCUCCUGAAAGAUACCGACAUCGCAAGAUGAGCAUUGGGCAACAGAGCAAUGUAUCAGCCUUAUCUCACCCGCAUCAUGGGUCCGCCGGUAGUUUGUGGUCGCAUCCCAAUAACAUGAACACUUACGUGACCAGCGGCAAACGAAAGUCGCCCCAACAAAAGUUAGAAGAUUGGAAAAGCCAGGUUGCGAGUCUGGAAGAUAAAGCGACCGAUCUGCGAACGUUGUACAGCCAGUUGCGAGAGCAAGACGAAGACGAGUGGCUCUCAACGUCUGAACAACAUCGCGAUAACAUGUCGCCCACAGAAGGCUCAGCUCCAGUCGAGGCGGGCUUCACACCCGGCAGCCGAUUUGCUGGAGGAGAGUCCAAGGAAAUCGAAGCUACAAACAGCGCAGGAAUUUCCAUGCAAUAGUCAGUGAGAUAUUUGGGAUGACCGGGGCUAAGUGUAUGUCAAAAGUUGCGAGUUUAGCUAGUACUAAUGUAGAGCAAGUGAAUCUCAAAUUUCUAGGUAUAGAUCGAUUGAAGAAA